AGGGCCCGCCUGCCUCGGGCGACACCCGGCCUAGCACGUCCCCGGCCGCUCCGUGUGCCCUGGACGCACCGCCCGCGGCUCGGGAGCUGGGGAGCCAGCGCCGGGGCUUGGACUGCAAGACCAAGGGCCGCGAGAAGAAGCGAACAAAUAGUCCCCAGCGCCUCCUCCGGCCUCAGUCGCGUCUGUGGUCUCGGCAGCCGCUGGGCGGGCCCGGCCGAGCUGGGCCGGGCAGAGCCGGGCUCAUGGACCUGGGCCUGUGGGCUCUAAUUGCGGCUCUUACGUUGAUGAUUUUUUUUUUUAAUCACAGCAGCCCCCAGUUUAGCGGACUGAUUUACUCCCGGUAUUGGUAAAUAUGAUCACGUGGGCCGCGCGACCAAUGGUGGAGGCUGCAGCCUGCGAACUAGUCGGCGGCUUGGGCGCCGGCGGGGAGCGGCUCCGCGGCGGACAGAGUAACCUUGGGUGGGAGCGCGGGUCGCCUCAAAAUGUCUUCCAGUGGCACCCUCAGCAACUACUACGUGGACUCGCUUAUAGGCCAUGAGGGCGACGAGGUGUUCGUGGCGCGCUUCGGGCAGCCGGGGCCAGGCGCUUCGGGCCGGCCUGCAGGUGUGGCUGAUAGUCCGGCCGCCGCCGCAGCCGAGUUCGCCUCGUGUAGUUUUGCCCCCAAAUCGGCCGUGUUCUCAGCCUCGUGGUCCGCGGUGCCCGCCCAGCCCCCGGCGGCGGCGGCGAUGAGCGGCCUCUACCACCCGUACGUCCCCCCGCCGCCCCUGGCCGCCUCUGCCUCCGAGCCUGGCCGCUAUGUGCGCUCCUGGAUGGAGCCGCUGCCAGGCUUCCCGGGCGGUGCGGGCGGUGGCGGUGGCGGUGGCCGUGGCGGGGGUGGAGGCGGCGGCCCGGGCCCCGGUCCCAGCCCUGGCCCCGGCGGCGCAGCCAACGGGCGCCACUACGGGAUUAAGCCUGAAACCCGAGCGGCCCCGGCCCCCGCCACGGCCGCCUCCACCACCUCCUCCACUUCCUUAUCCUCCUCCUCCAAACGGACUGAGUGUUCCGCGGCCCGGGAGUCCCAGGGGAGCAGCGGCCCCGAGUUCUCGUGCAACUCGUUUCUGCGGGACAAGGCGGCAGCGGCGGCGGGGGGAACCGGGCCCGUGACAGGGAUUGGGACCGGGAACGGGACGGGCGGCUCGUCGGAGCCCUCUGCUUGCAGCGACCACCCGAGCCCCGGCUGCCCGCUGAAGGAGGAGGAGAAGCAGCAUCCACAGCCGCCACAGCAGCAACUUGACCCAAACAACCCCGCAGCGAACUGGAUCCACGCUCGCUCCACCCGGAAAAAGCGCUGUCCCUACACCAAGUAUCAGACGCUUGAGCUGGAGAAAGAAUUCCUCUUCAACAUGUACCUCACCCGGGACCGGCGCUACGAGGUGGCGAGGAUUCUCAACCUAACAGAGAGACAGGUCAAAAUCUGGUUCCAGAACCGUAGGAUGAAAAUGAAAAAGAUGAGCAAAGAGAAAUGCCCCAAAGGAGACUGACCCGGUGCCGUGCUGUCGGGAGCGCUCAAAGGCAGCGGUUUUGGUUUUUGUUUUUUCCUUUGUGGGUGCUUGAUUUCCAGAAACUUUCCAACGACUUGGACUUCUUCUUUUUUUUUUUUUUUUUUUUUUUUAAGGUAGAAGUGAUUGUGUGGUUGGUCUCUGUGAGGUAUUUGGGGGACUCUAUUUGCUCGCCUACGCGUUGGAAAAACCAAGUGGCUUUGGGGUUUCACCCUAUCCCACACCCUCCCUUUCCUGCUCCAUUGAUUCCUUAGGAAAUGCAAUAUUUUGUGAGUGCACGCUGGCUUGGGGAGCCCUCUCUUGUGUAAAUGUUCCUCAUGUUUCUGAACAGUGCUGUAGUUUAGUCCCCCCACCCCCAGCACUGCCCAAACAGGGGCCAAGCGCGCCCCAAUUCCAAGAAUGAAGGCAGAGCGACAACAGUGCGGACACCCCGGCUGCAAGCCCCUGCCGAAACCCGGCCGGGUUGCCCAACAGUUUCAAAAGCCCCCUUUCCUCAGGGAGCCCGUGGCACCUCGGCGAAGAUCUUCAGUGAGGCCUAGAGAGGAACCCAGGGCCUCGGGUGGGUUGGGGUUUCUUCCUCAGUGCAUUGGACGUGCCGCUCUCUUCCCUGAGGGCUGGGCUUGCGUGGGCGGCCGCGGGUGGUGGCUCUCCCAGUUCCUGCCCGAGGACCAGUUGUAAAUGUUACCGCUUCCUACUAAUAAAUGCUGACCUGAUCAA